AUUGAAAUAAAUUAGUACUCCCGCUCUCUUUCUCUCUCUUCAUUUCUAGGGCACAUUUUCUGGUUACAGAUCGGACUUUAAAUUGUUCUAAUUGAAAAAGAUUAGCGCUCUCUCUCCCUCACACACACAUCACACACAUUUUCUGGUUACAGAAAGGGUUGGUCAUGGAGGAGGACACUCCUGUAGCUUCAGAAGCAGUGCUUCGCCGCUCGAAACGGCCUAGGGCUCAGACUACUGGGACUGGUCAACCGACCAAGACAAAUGGUACCGGCAGAGGGAACGCGCAAAGGGCCAGCGACCGCACUGAACAAAGCCCUAAUCAGCCUGAGCUAGAGGACUCUUUUGACGAUUUUGUGGAACCUCAGUCCAAAGCUAAGCGGAACCGGACUUCGGAAGGGGCGUCGGCAUCGGCAAGGAGAGACGAGCUAAGUUUGAUUGAGGUUAUCAAAUGCAACGGGAAACUUAUUCCUGAAGUGGUUAAGUUUUGGGUUGAACGAUAUGAGAAGGAUCCCAAACCUGCAAUAGUUGAACUCUUGAUGAUGUUGUUUGAGGCAUGCGGUGCAAAGUAUCAUUUACAAGGAGAUUUUCUGGACGAGACUGAUGUUGAUGAUGUAGUAGUUGCUCUUGUCAAUCUGGCUAGGAGAGGCGAAGUCGAAGAUUAUCAAAAUUCGAAAAGGAAGGAGUUCAAGAAUUUCAAAGAUAACCUUGUUUCUUUCUGGGACAAUUUGGUCUCUGAGUGUCGAAAUGGACCGUUAUUUGAUCAGGUCUUGUUUGACAAAUGCAUGGAUUAUAUAAUUGCACUGUCCUGUACUCCUCCAAGAGUUUAUCGUCAGGUUGCUUCAUUGACGGGACUCCAGCUUGUCACAUCCUUCAUAAAUGUUGCUAAAAUGCUUGGUGCACAGCGAGAAACUACCCAGCGACAGUUAAAUGCUGAAAUAAGGAAACAAAGUGAGGGACCACGUGUGGAAUCACUAAAUAAAAGAUUGUCGACAACUCAUGAAAAGAUAACAGUGAUUGAGGAGACGAUGCGCAAAAUAUUUACCGGGUUAUUUGUGCAUCGCUACCGAGACAUUGAUCCUGAAAUUCGAAUGUCAUGUAUAGAGUCGCUUGGUGUGUGGAUUCUUUCAUACCCAUCAUUGUUCUUACAGGAUCUCUAUUUAAAGUAUCUCGGAUGGACGCUGAAUGACAAAAGUGCUGGAGUGAGAAAAGCUUCCAUCCUUGCAUUGCAAAGUCUUUAUGAGGUGGAUGAUAAUGUGCCAUCUCUCGGUCUUUUUACCGAAAGAUUUUCUAACAGGAUGAUUGAGCUUGCCGAUGACAUUGAUAUUUCUGUGGCUGUAUGUGCUGUAGGACUUGUAAAACAACUGCUCAGACAUCAGCUUCUACCUGAUGAGGACUUAGGUCCUCUAUACGAUUUACUGAUUGAUGAUCCACCAGAUAUCAGGCGUGCCAUUGGGUCACUAGUAUAUGAUCACUUGAUUGCCCAAAAAUUUAAUAGCUCCCAAUCUCGGUCAAGAGGUGAUGAUACUGAUUCUUCGGAUGUUCAUCUUGGUCGAAUGCUGCAAAUACUAAGAGAAUUUUCAAGAGAUCCAAUUCUAAGUACCUAUGUCAUUGAUGAUGUGUGGGAGUACAUGGGUGCCAUGAAAGAUUGGAAGUGUAUUAUGUCUAUGCUUCUUGAUUCCAAUCCGAUGAUUGAGCUUACAGACGAUGAUUCAACGAAUUUAAUUAGACUUCUUUGUGCAUCUGUCAAAAAGGCAGUGGGUGAAAGAAUUGUUCCUGCUUCUGACAAUCGAAAACAGUAUUACAGUAAAGCUCAAAGGGAAAUGGUUGAAAGUAAUAGGCGGGAUGUAACUAUUGCCAUGAUGAAGAACUAUCCACAGCUCCUACGCAAAUACAUGGCUGACAAAGCAAAAGUACAUUCUCUAGUUGAGAUUAUUGUUUAUAUGGACCUUGAACUUUAUUCUUUGAAGAGACAGGAGCAGAAUUUCAGAACUGUUCUUCAGCUCAUGAAAGAGGCAUUUUUUAAACAUGGUGAGAAGGAUGCUCUGAGGUCUUGUGUGAAGGCUUUCAGUUUCUGUUCCAGUGAGAGUAAAGGAGAGUUACAAGAUUUUGCCCAAAGUAAAUUGAAGGAACUUGAGGAUGAGCUUAUUGCUAAGCUUAAAUCUGCAAUAAAAGAUGUAGAGGAUACUGAUGAUGAAUACUUGCUUCUAGUAAAUUUGAAAAGGCUGUACGAACUUCAAUUGUCAAGAUCUGUAUCUAUGGAAAGCUUAUUUGAAGACUUCUCUAUGAUUCUUGAAAGUUUUAGAAACAUGCAUGAUGAGGUUGUCAGCUUUCUGCUUCUCAACAUGUAUUUACAUGUUGCCUGGUGCUUGCACUCUGUUAUCAACAGCGAAACUGUGUCUGAAGCAUCAUUAUCUUCCCUAUUUUCAAAGCGCACAACCUUGUUCAAGCAACUUGAGUACUUCCUGCAAACCCCUUCUGAAAUUCAGGGAGAGGGUGAAUGUGGAAAUCAGCUAGCGUGCAGGGUUUGUACUAUAUUUGCAGAAGUCUGGUUUUUGUUCAGAAGUACAAAUUUUGCCUCAACGAAACUGGAAAGUUUAGGAUAUUGUCCCGAUGAGUCUAUUCUGCAAAAGUUUUGGAAACUCUGUGAAAAACAGUUCAAUGUUUCAGAUGAGACAGAAGAUGAAGACAUUAACAAAGAGUAUGUUGAGGAGACAAACCGGGAUGCUGUCAUGAUUGCUGCUGCUAAGCUGGUUGCUAAUGAUGUAGUUCCUAAGGAGUAUCUUGGUCCAGAAAUCAUUUCGCAUUUUGUGAUGCAUGGAACUAGUGUGGCUGAGAUUGUUAAGCAUUUGAUAGCUGUUCUAAAGAAAAAAGACGAUGACGUCUCUAAUUUAUUUCUGGAAUCGUUGAAACGGGCCUACUAUCGGUAUGUGGUUGGACUUUCCAUAAGCAACGAUGAAUCCUUGGCAGGCAAGUUUUUACAAGAAUGUAAAGAUCUGGCUGCUCGGCUUUCUGGAACAUUUGUGGGUGCUGCUCGAAACAAGCAUAGAUCGGAAAUUUUGAAAAUUGUCAAGGAUGGUAUCGAGUAUGCUUUUGUCAAUACUCCAAUGCAGCUGUCUUUCUUGGAUGGUGCUGUGCUCCAUUUUGUAUCCAAGCUUCCUACACCUGAUAUCCUGGACAUUCUAAAGGAUGUUCAAAAACGAACGGAGAAUGUCAACACAGAUGAAGAUCCCAGUGGCUGGCGCCCUUAUUACACAUUCGUAGACACCCUACGCGAGAAGUAUGCAAAAAAUGAAGGUUUUCAAGCUGAGAAAGAUGGGGUGUCUGUAAGACGCCGAGGUCGUCCCCGAAAGAGGCAGAAUUUACAGGGAAAGAAACUCUUUGAUGAGCACAGUUCAAGUGAAGAAGAGGAUUCAAUCAGCGCAUCUGACCAGGAUGCUCAAGAUGAAGAACAGCAAGAAGAGGUGGAAGAGGAUGCUCCUUUGAUACAAUCACUGAGAUCAUCAGCUAAGCUUAGGUCAUUGAAAGUUUCAAGAGAGGAAAACAGAGGCCAGACAAGAACAACGGAUUCUGGACAAGCUGCAGAGAAUUUAUCUGGUUCUAGAAUAUCAGGAACAUCAAGCUAGUGGAUGCUAACUUUAUCGUGCGUGUUUAAGUUGCUGAGCGAGGCAUAAAUUUUGCAAUGAUCGAUCCCUCGCAAGUGUAGAACUUGUCUCCAGCUUGAAAGGGUUGAUUGGGGGCCUGAUGAAGCCAAGAAAAUACCGUGUAAAUUGUGGGUGAAGGUUUUGAAUGACAGCAGUAGGAAGUGCCUUGGCAUGAUAUUUACUUCUCGGCCACGUAAUUUGUUAGUAAUAUACAAGUUGUUCCACAGAUGCUUCCCUUGGACUUUUCGGUGUAUAUACUUCACUUCGUAAAUUCGCAUUUGCAACCAUCUUCAUAAUACUUGUAUAAUUUACCCGUCUUAA